AUGGGCGGGGUUCCAUCGAAACCAGACUACUCAAGGCGGUUGGAGGUGAUUGGUGCUGGAUAUUCCAGAACUGGUACAGUUUCCUUGCAGAUGGCUCUUGAGAAGCUGUUGAAUGGCCCGGUCAUGCACGGCGGCACGCAUCUGCUGUACAGAGAAGAAGCUUUCGCCAAGAACUGGGUCGAAAUUUGCCAAGGUCGAUUGGACGGCGACAAGGAGCGCACGUUGAAGCUUCUGAGGGAAAAUAUGAAAGGUUUCGUUGGGUGCACAGACGUUCCACCUGUCGUGGUAAUCCCUGAAUUACUAGAAUUAUAUCCUGAGGCCAAGGUCAUACUGGUGACGCGAGAUCCUGUCAAAUGGUGGAAGAGCUUCGGAAACAUCCUUGCGCAUGCAGACAAGUGGUUCCUCUUCUACCUGACUGCCAUCUCACCGACAUUGAGGUGGUGGCCACCGUAUGUGAGGGUAUGGAAGCGGAAUGCGGAUAGACUCCUCGGCACUGAACAAACAGCACCCGGAACUUACGGUCCACAGCUCAUUGAGGCCCAUAACAAGAUGGUAAUUGACCUUGUUCCAAAAGAGAAGUUGCUCAUCAUGCGGCUCGAGGAUGGCUGGGAGCCCAUUUGCAAAUUCCUGAACAAACCCAUCCCCGAUGAGCCCUUCCCAAGGGUCAACGACGCCGCAAACGCGGAUAAAGUUGCCGCAAUGGUGUCCUUGAAGCUGCUGGGAAUGUGGCUUGGUCUAUUAUCUGCGACUGGAGGAGCAAUUUGUAUGGGAUUUCAGGUUUGCAAGAAGUGGUUAUGA